GACAUUCUCUGAUGGAAGACAGAGAAAUCUACAUUUCCCAAGGCACGUUUUAAUGAAAGCAUGUAAAUGCUUUCGGUGUGGAAGAUACUUUAAAUACAGAUCAGAGCUCCUUGUACACCAAAGAACCCACUCAGGGGAAAAACCUUUUGAAUGCUCAGAUUGUGGCAAAAAAUUCAGUUUCAGUUCCAAUCUUCAACAACAUUUAAGAACCCAUACAGGUGAAAAGCCUUUUGAAUGCUCAGAGUGUGGAAAGAAAUUCAGUCAGAGUAACAAUCUUCUACAGCAUCAAACAACCCACACAGGGGAGAAACCUUUUGAAUGCUCAGAGUGUGGAAAGAAAUUCAGUCACAGAUGUAGUUUUCAACAGCAUCUAAGAAUCCACAGAGGUGAGAAACCUUUUGAAUGUUCCGAGUGUGAAAAGAAAUUCAGGUUGAGUGGCCAUCUUCAGCUGCAUCAAAGAACCCACACAGGAGACAAACCUUUUGAAUGCUCAGAGUGUGGAAAGAGAUUCAGGUUGAGUGGCCAUCUUCAACUGCAUCAAAGAACCCACACAGGGGAGAAACCUUUUCAAUGCUCAGAGUGUGGAAAGAGAUACAGUCAGAGUGGCAAGCUUCAACAGCAUCUAAAAACCCACACAAGAGAAAAGCCUAUUGAAUGCUCAGAGUGUGGGAAGAAAUACAGUCACAGAUAUAGUCUUCAACAGCAUCUUAGAAUCCACAGAGAUGAGAAACCAUUUGAAUGUUCAGAGUGUAGAAAGAGAUUCAGUCAUAGUGGUCAUCUUCAACGGCAUCAAAGAACCCACACAGGGGAAAAACCUUUUGAAUGCUCAGAGUGUGGAAAGAGAUUCAGUCAGAGUGGCCACCUGCAGCUGCAUCUAAGAACCCACACAGGGGAGAAACCUUUUGAAUGCUUAGAGUGUGGAAAGAAAUACAGUCAGAGUUAUGACCUUCAACAGCACCUAAGAAUCCACAGAGGUGACAAACCUUUUGAAUGUUUGGAGUGUGGAAAGAGAUUUAGUCAGAGUGGCCAUCUUCAACGGCACCAAAGAACCCACACAGGGGAGAAACCUUUUGAAUGUUUGGAGUGUGGAAAGAGAUUCAGUCAGAGUGGCCAUCUUCAACAGCAUCAAAGGACCCACACAGGGGAGAAACCUUUUGAAUGCUCAGAGUGUGGAAAGAGAUUCAAUGACACAGGUAAUCUUCAACAGCAUCAAAGAACCCACACAGGGGAGAAACCUUUUGAAUGCUCAGAGUGUGGAAAGAGAUUCAGUCGAAUUUGCCAUCUUCAACGGCAUCAAAGAACCCACACAGGGGAAAAACCUUUUGAUUGCUCAGAGUGUGGGAAGAGAUUCAGUCAGAGUUACGACCUUCAAAAGCAUCUAAGAACCCACAGUGGUGAGAAACCUUUUGAAUGCUCACAGUGUGGAAAGAGAUUCAGUCAAAACAGUUCCUGCAAGCUUCAUCUAAGAACCCAUACAGGUGAGAAACCUUUUGAAUGCUCAGAGUGUAGAAAGAGAUUUAGGUUGAGUGGGCAUCUUCAGCGGCAUCAAAGAACCCACACAGGGGAGAAACCUUAUGAAUGCUCAGAAUGUGGCAAGAGAUUCAGUGAUACAUGUAGCCUUCAAAAGCACCUACGAGUCCACAGAGGGGAGAAACCUUUUAGAUGCUCAGAGUGCGGAAAGAAAUUCAGUCAGAGUAGCAAUCUUCUACAGCAUCAAAGAACUCAUACAGGGGAGAAACCUUUUGGAUGCUCAGAGUGUGGAAAGAGAUUCAGUGACACAUGUAGCCUUCAAAAGCACUUAAGAACCCACACAGGGGAGAAACCUUUUGAAUGCUCAGCAUGUGGAAAGAGAUUCAGUGACACAUGUAGCCUUCAAAAGCACCUACGAGUCCACACAGGGGAGAAACCUUUUGAAUGCCCAGAGUGUGGAAAGAAAUUCAGUUUCAGUUCCAAUCUUCAACAGCAUCAAAGAACUCAUACAGGGGAAAAACCUUUUGAAUGCCCAGAGUGUGGAAAGAGAUUCAGUGACACAUGUAGCCUUCAAAAGCACCUACGAGUCCACACAGGGGAGAAACCUUUUGAAUGCCCAGAGUGUGGAAAGAGAUUCAGUGACACAUGUAGCCUUCAAAAGCACCUAAGAACCCACACAGGAGAGAAACCUUUUGAAUGCCCAGAGUGCAGAAAGAAAUUCAGUCGGCAUGACAAUCUUCUACAGCAUCAAAGAACCCACACAGAGGAGAAGCCUUUUGAAUGCUCAGAAUGUGGAAAGAGAUUCAGUCAGAGCGGCAAUCUUCACAAGCAUUUAAGAACUCACACAGGGGAGAAACCUUUUGAAUGCUCAGAAUGUGGAAAGAGAUUCAGUCAGAGCGGCAAUCUUCACAAGCAUUUAAGUACUCACACAGGGGAGAAGCCUUUUGAAUGCUCAGAGUGUGGAAAGAGAUUCAGUCGGAAUGACAAUCUUCAACAGCAUCAAAGAAUCCAUACAGAGGAGAAAGCUUUGAACACUCAGAGUCUGGAAGGACCUUCCACUUGAACCUCACUCUUCAACAGCAUCUAAGAACCCACACCAAUGAAAAAUGUUUUGAACGUGCAGAGUGUGAAAAGAAAUACAUUCAGAGCUGUGAUCUUCGAAAGCUCAGAGUGUGGGAAGAGAUUCAGUCAGCAUGGCAGUCUUCUACAGUGUCAAAGAACUCACACCAGGAGGAACCAUGUAACUGAUUAGCUUGUGGAAAGAGCUUUUGCAUCUGC